ACUCCUUUGGCGAAGACUCGUUUUUAUUUUGAUUUUUGUCUUAAUUUACGAUGUUUUACUAUUUAGAGGCAUAGGAAGCUAUCGAAAUGAAGAAAGAACGGACCGGGGACAAUUGUCGACCAUUCAAAUUAGCUCAUCAAAUUUUAAGCUUGACUGGAAUUAGUUUUGAAAGAAGAAGUAUAAUUGGAUUUGUUGAGCUCACUGUAGUACCUCUGAAAGACAACUUACGGUACAUUCGCCUAAAUGCGAAACAGUGUCGUAUAUACCGUGUUUGCUUGAAUGACCAGUAUGAAGCAAAUUUUCAGUAUUGUGACCCCUUCUUGGAUAUUUGUCAAGCGGAUCCAAAUACGCGAUCCUUGGAAGUUUUCUCUCAGUAUCAUCUGGCAGCUGCACAAAAGAUUGACCCAGAUCACAAUUCUGGUGAACUUCACAUACAAGUGCCAGAUGAAGCCGCUCAUUUGGUGGGUGAAGGACGGGGGCUUCGUAUUGGAAUAGAGUUUUCUCUGGAAUCCCCACAAGGAGGGAUACAUUUUGUUGUGCCUGAAGGAGAAGGCUCUUUGGUUCAGAAAUCUGCUCACAUGUUUACUUAUGGCCACUCGGCUCGCUUGUGGUUUCCAUGUGUUGAUAGCUAUGCAGAGCCUUGCACUUGGAAAUUAGAAUUUACUGUUGAUGAGAGCUUGACAGCAGUGUCAUGCGGAGAAUUAGUGGAUGUUGUGUAUACUCCUGACCACAGAAGGAAAACAUUCCACUACAUUGUAAAUACUCCUGCUUGUGCUCCGAACAUAGCCUUGGCCAUUGGACCUUUUGAGACUUAUGUAGAUCCACACAUGAAUGAAGUUACACAUUAUUGUUUGCCCAACUUGUUGCAAAUAUUGAAAAAUACUGUUCGAUACUUACAUGAGGCAUUUGGGUUUUAUGAAGAAACUCUCAACACCAGAUAUCCGUAUCCUAGUUAUAAACAAGUCUUUGUUGAUGAGACAGAAGAUGAUGUCACAGCUUACACUACAAUGUCUAUACUGAGCACACAUUUGCUCCACUCUAUCGCAAUAAUUGAUCAGACCUACAUGAGCCGCAAAGCCAUGGCUCAGGCUGUGGCCGAGCAGUUCUUUGGCUGUUUCAUCACAAUGCAGAAUUGGUCUGACUUGUGGCUGGCUAAAGGAAUACCAGAUUACAUGUGUGGCCUAUAUGCCAAAAAAUGUUUUGGUAACAAUGAAUACAGAUAUUGGAUACAUAAGGAGUUGACUGAGGUUGUUAGUUAUGAAGAGCAAUAUGGUGGUAUAGUUUUAGAUCCUUGGCAGCCGCCCGCCAGUGGCGCCAGGGUGGAACCAAAAGAUAUGUUCUACUUCCCCGUGCGGAACGUACAUACUAUGUCACCGAGAUACAUUGAGGUAAUGAGAAAGAAAUCUCAUCUAGUAUUACGCAUGUUGGAACAACGCAUCGGUCAAGAACUCCUUCUACAAGUGUUUAACAAACAACUCUCUCUGGCCACCACGGCAGCCAAUACUAAGAUUGGCAGCGGUCUCUGGGGCCAGUUGUUACUCUCAACCAAUUCCUUUGUGAAAGCAAUAUUUACUGUGACUGGGAAACAUAUGGCCGUGUUUGUGGAUCAGUGGGUGCGGACCGGCGGUCACGCCAAGUUUCAAUUGACGUCUGUUUUUAACAGGAAAAGAAACACCGUUGAGUUGGAGAUACGCCAAGACUGCGUUCACGAGCGCGGCAUACGCAAAUACGUUGGCCCUCUGUUAGUACAAUUACAAGAACUAGACGGGCCGUUCAAGCAUACGCUUCAGAUUGAGAACACUGUGGUCAAAGCCGACAUCACGUGCCACAGCAAGAGUAGACGGAACAAGAAGAAGAAGAUCCCUUUAUGUACCGGGGAGGAGGUCGACAUGGAUCUAUCCGCUAUGGACGAUUCCCCCGUCCUAUGGAUCCGUCUCGACCCAGAGAUGUCCCUCUUGCGGAGUACCGUGAUAUCGCAGCCUGACUACCAGUGGCAGUAUCAGUUACGUCACGAGCGUGACGUCACGGCACAGAGCGAGGCCAUAGACGCGCUCCACAAUUACCCUGAGACGGCCACUAGAAAGGCGCUCACUGACACCAUAGAGAAUGAGCAGACUUUCUACAGGAUACGAUGCAGAGCGGCGCACUGUUUGACUAAGGUAGCUAACGCAAUGAUAAGCUCUUGGGCCGGCCCCCCGGCUAUGCUCACGAUCUUCCGCAAGAUGUUCGGUUCGUUCUCGGCCCCACACAUAAUCAAACAGAACAAUUUUGACAACCUGCAGCAUUAUUUCCUGCAGAAAACUAUACCGGUAGCUAUGGCAGGUUUGAGAAACAUCCAUGGCAUUUGUCCUCCGGAGGUGGUGAGGUUCUUGCUAGAUCUAUUCAAGUACAACGAUAAUUCUAAAAACCAUUUCUCAGACAAUUAUUACAAAGCGGCUUUAGUGGACGCCCUAGCUGCUACAAUCACUCCCGUCAUAUCAGUAUUACAACCCGGUGCACCAAUAACCGUAGAUUCCCUCUCAGCCGACACUAAGUUGGUACUGGAAGAAAUUACCAGGGUGUUGAAUUUGGAGAAAGUGUUGCCAUGCUACAAGAACACCGUAAGCGUGAGUUGUUUGCGAGCGAUAAGGCGUCUGCAGCAGUGUGGCCAUCUUCCCAGCAUUCCGACAGUAUUUAGAGCAUACGCUCAGUACGGACAGUAUAUUGAUGUAAGGUUAGCCGCGUUCGAGUGCCUAGUAGACUUCGUCCGCGUGGACGGCAAGCCAGAAGACUUGUCUUCCUUACUAACCACAGUAGAAAGUGACCCGGAUCCUUGCGUACGGCACGGUCUAGCCAGAUUGUUGAUUAGCAACCCGCCUUUUGAAAGAGCGCAGAGACAUCGAUUGGACACUGAGGCUGUGGUACAUAGGUUAUGGAAUAAUAUGAACAGUCAUUUAUCCAACGAUGCGCGACUUAGAUGUGACCUAGUAGAUCUUUAUUACACUCUGUACGGUCCAAAGAGGCCUAUUUGUGUGCCGGUACUCGAGAUCCAAGCUAUGAUGAAGCAGAUGCAUCAUAAGGAACGCGAUCGAUUAGAAAGAGAACGAGAGAGGGAGAAAGAGAAGGAGAGACAAAAGGAGUUGGAGUUGAAGCCCGUCAUCAAACAGGAGAUCGAGGAUAUUAAAAUGGAAACAGACGUGGGUCCGUUGCAAGAAAGUCCGCUUCCCCUUGUAGAGGGGCGGAACGAACUGCUUCCGGUUCCGGUGUCCAGCAUCAAGGAGGAGGACGUCAAGAUUGACGUGACCACCGUACACGACUCGCCCGCUGACUUUCCGGAUGACAACAAGCGGGAGUUCCUCACGGAUAACGCGGUAGCUCUGCCCGGUAUCCCGGGCUCGUCGGGUCCCGUCGGCUUCGAGCCCGGCAUGUUCCGACACGACACUAAAGACGAAAUGGGCGCACCCAAGGCUAAGAAAAAGAAGAAGGACAAGAAGAAGCAUAAACACAAGCAUAAACACAAACACAGCAGCAAGGAAAAAUCCAAAGAAAAAGACCACAGAGAUAAAGACAGAUCAUUACCGCCCAGACCCGCUUCCAGCACAGAACAACUCAAAAUCAAAGAGGAGACUAGGGAAACCCUUAGCUCUUUCAGUUCCAGCCAAAGCCCCUCCGAAGAUAUAUCGUCGAUGCCAACCAAUAUGAGCUUUUGAUCUCCUUCGCCGAAUCCAUAGAUUUUAAUAUAAAAGUAAUUUAAGAGAAGAGACUAAUUUAAGAAUGUUUAUAAUAAAAGUAUACAGAAG